AUGGCUAUUCAAACGACAACCGGGCUCACUGCCCGCCUUCUCAAGCGCUCAAGCUUCCCCGCUUCACACCAGUGGCGGAGACAGUUCAGCGCCGCUCGACCGACAUUUAAGGAGAUUCAGGAUGCAUACAUUAUAAGCGCGUCCCGUACACCUACGGCAAAGUUCAACGGCUCGUUCGCCUCAGUAUCCGCCCCCCAGCUCGGCGCCGUCGCCAUCAAGUCCGCUGUCGAAAAGUCCAGCAUCCCCGUCGAGAAAGUCACAGAUGUGUACAUGGGCAAUGUACUCCAAGGCUCAGUCGGGCAGGCUCCGGCUCGCCAGGCCUCUAUCUUUGCCGGAUUGUCGCCAAACGUCGAAGCGGUGACCAUCAACAAGGUUUGCGCGUCCGGUCUCAAGGCCGUUGCGCUUGCAGCACAGAACAUCCAACUCGGUCUUGCCGAAGCCCAAAUUGCCGGAGGAAUGGAGAACAUGACACGGGUGCCAUACUACCUCCCCCGCUCUAGCCAGCUCCCUCCUUUUGGAGAGAUCAAGUUGGAGGACGGACUUAUCAAGGAUGGUCUCUGGGAUGUCUACAACCAGUUCCAUAUGGGCAUCUGCGCUGAGACCACGGCGAAGAAGUUUGAGGUUUCGCGAGAGGCUCAGGAUGCGUAUGCUAUCAGCUCGUACGAGCGUGCGCAGAAAGCUUGGAACGAGAACAAGUUUGCAGAUGAGAUUACGCCUGUGACUGUUAAGACCAAGAAGGGCGAGACAGUGGUCGAGCGUGAUGAGGGUUAUGAGAAUCUACGUGCUGAUAAGAUGAAGACUCUCAAGCCCGCGUUCUUGAGAGACGGCACUGGCACUGUGACUGCUGGCAAUGCCUCGACCAUGAACGACGGCGCCUCCGCUCUGGUGCUGGCUAACAGGGAUCUUGCCCGCGAGUUUGGUGCUGGAAAGCGUGCUCUGGCUCGCAUUGUUUCUUCUGCUGAUGCUGCCGUUGAUCCGGUUGACUUCCCAGUCGCCCCGGCCAAGGCUGUUCCCAUCGCCCUUGAGCGGGCCGGUAUCACCAAGGAUCAGGUUGCCGUUUGGGAGUUCAACGAGGCGUUUGCCGCUGUUAUUGAGGCCAACAAGAAGAUUCUUGGUCUCGAGAACGCAACCGUCAACGCCCUUGGAGGUGCCAUUUCUCUCGGCCAUGCUCUUGGUAGCUCAGGUUCUCGUAUUCUUACGACUCUGUUGCACCAGCUGCAACCCGGCGAGUAUGGAGUUGCUGCUAUUUGCAACGGCGGUGGAGCUGCGACUGCGCUUGUUGUGCAGAAAUUGGACCGUGUGGAUUAA